GUAACUUCCACAUACUACAGUUCAGUGCUUCACCGGUGUCGAUUGUGCAUUCCGGGUUUAGAGAGCUGAGACUCCUGAGAGCCAUUAUACCUGUAACCUGUCUUUAAUUCUAGGUUAGCCGGAAAAGAUGAAAGCUUUGAUGUCCGGGGGAGGAAAAUGGAGCUUUGGGAGUUUGAUGGAUCUAGAGAUACCAGGUCAAAGAUUUCCAGGCGGGAAAGUAAACGGCGGAGAUGGUGUCAUCGGUGGCAAUUUUCCGGCGUUUCUCCCCAAAGAGGUUCACAACAUUAAAGACCCAUUUGCUCGGACUUUGGCUAGGAGAAUCCAAAGGCUUCCCGUUCAGGUUGGCUCACCUGAGAGCUGUAUAAUGAGCAGUUGUAUUAAGCCUGUUCUCCGGAGUGAUAAGGAACCGGUCGUCCUUCUUCACUGUUUUGACAGCUCAUGCUUAGAGUGGAGGCGCGCAUAUCCACUGCUUGAAGAUGCUGGUCUUGAGACUUGGGCUAUAGAUAUUCUUGGAUGGGGAUUCUCUGAUUUAGAAAGACGCCCGCCCUGUGAUGCUGCAUCAAAAAGAGCCCACCUUUAUCAGCUAUGGAAGUCUUAUAUUAAAAGGCCUAUGAUAUUAGUGGGACCAAGCCUUGGUGCAGCAGUUGCUAUUGAUUUUACGGUCAAUCACCCUGAGGCUGUUCACAAACUGGUUCUGAUGAAUGCGAGUGUUUAUGGAGAAGGUACUGGGUUAAUGAAGAAACUGCCUAAAUUGGUGGCCUAUGGAGGGGUAUCUUUACUGAAGAGCGUCCCAUUGCGGACCUAUGCUAACUUAAAGUGUUUUCACGGUUUGCCUCUAUCUACUUGCUUGGAUUGGGCCAAUGUGGGGCGCCUCCAUUGUCUCUUACCUUGGUGGGAAGAUUCUAUGGUUAGUUUUAUGCUGAGUGGUGGAUAUAAUGUUAUUGAUCAAAUUAAAAAGGUGAAUAAAAGAACACUAGUCAUAUUGGGCUUGCGCGAUAAGUUAAUCAGCAGUGGAGUUGCAAUGAGAUUGUGCAAGGAACUACCAAAUGCCAUAAGCCGAAAGAUUCCAAAUAGUGGACAUCUUCCUCAUGUUGAUGAACCACACUCGGUUGCGAAGUUGAUUGCUGACUUUGUUCGAGAUGGUGGCUGUUCGGACGAGGACUCACUCUGUGAUCUUAAUAUAUGAUGGAGGAUCAAUGGGUGAAACGCUGCAAGCAUGCAUCUGGACCAUUUCAUUUCAGAUGGUGAAUAUGUAUAUGCCACAUUUCCAUUGUCUAGGUGUUUUUACUUCUGAUAUGUAUAGUAGUGUGUGGAGGAUGUUCAGUAGUGAUGGGUCUCUGGUGCGAAUGUAAGAUAAGGUAAUGGCUGAUUUAGCACUAUUGUGCAACAAGUGUGAAACAUGAUAGUAGUAGUAUUAGUAAUAAUAAACAAUGAUAAUAAAAUAGAAAGGGGUUGGGGAGUUCAUACAUAGGCUCCUAAACUUGCAUUUUU